AUGGAGAGGAAAAAGUCGCAAGUCACAGCUUUAGUGAUCUUUGUAGUGAAAUCGCACAUUAAUGUUGGUGUAAUCAGUGAUAUUUCCACUCUCAGGUUCGUCGUCGUGCAGUGGCCCUUCAAGGACAGACCUCGCAAGGGCUUCAUGUUCGCCGUCGUCGCCGUCAUCUGGUUCGUCUCCGCUCUCGUCGUCCUGCCGACGGCGCUCUACACGAAGGUGACGACGCAAUACGACCCGCAGACGAGCGAGUACGUCAGCAGCUGCGUCGAGCACUGGCCCUACGGCACGGUCAUCUCCGUGCGCUGCUACUUCAUCAUCGUCCUGCUCAUCGAGUUCAUUCUGCCGUCGAUCAUCAUGGUCUACUGCUACGGCCACGUCGUGCACAAGAUCUUCACGGUCGGUAUGGUGCGAGAUACGUUCACGGGAACGUACAACGAGCAAAACGGCAUGCCGAACGGUUACAGCGGCUCCUGGCUGACGAAGAAGAAGAAAUGGACGCGACGCACGUGCAUCCUCAUGGUGUCCGUCAUACUGUUCAUCUGCCUCUGGAUGCCCUACUACGGCUACACGAUCUACCGCGACUUCUACCCGUUACAUUGGAAGCAGAACUCGCAGAGAAUCAACCUGUUCUAUCUUGUCGAGACACUAGCGAUGAGCAACAACAUGGUGAACACGGUCGUCUACAUCGUCAUGAACAGGACCGUGAAGCGAGUGCUCAUGUUCUGCUCGUGGAACGCGAAGGGAAGGCGAGGCGCCAUCCUGCUGCAUCGGCAGCACCGCUGCAGGCUGGAGUACGGACGCACCGAGGACACGCCGAAAUCUACGCCGCACGCCGCACGCGCACAAGCGAAUAACUUUCAAGUGCAUAACUUUUGA